AUGAAUAACGUAUCUAGUAAUGAUAAGAUGAGUAAAGUAUCUAGUAAUGGUAAUGUUAAAACGGGUAACAGUAACAACAAUGAAUGUGAUUACCUUUUUAAAGUCGGUAAAUCUAAUCUUCUUUCACGUUUAACUUGUAAUGAGUUCGAUUUGGAGUCCAAACCUACUAUUGGUGUUGAAUUUAAGACCAAGAAUAUUCAAAUAGAUAAUAAAACUAUCAAAGCAAAAAUUUGGGAUACUGGUAUCGUUGGUGCUUUACUUGUUUAUGAUAUUACCAAAUAUGAAACAUAUGAAAACGUCAACCGCUGGUUGGAAGAAUUAAGAGAUCAUGUUGAUAGUGAUGUUGCCAUUAUGCUUAUCGGAAAUAAGACUGAUUUAAGAAAUUUGCGAGUAGUUUCUACUGAAGAAGCAAAAAAAUUUGCCGUAACGUAG